AUAUCACAAGAGAAGGAGGGAGAUCUUCUUAGCGUAGAAUUACAAAACGCGCUUACGAGUUCUGCACCAUACACACAAGCCACAGUUUACUCUUAAUAGACAGAAGGGUGUCAAAAGUAGGUCGAUAGACCAUACAAUGGUUGCUGAUCGUGGGCGUUGCCUGCGCUGGUGGAACCCAAUGAGCCAGCAAACCCUCUGAGUCCUACGCCUGCUGCGGUUGGCCGGCAGUUUGACUACUCCAGAAAGCUUGGGGCACGGCGCGAUCUGGGGGGCACUAAUGUAACAGAUAGCUCGAUUGGAGAGGAGUUUGUUCAAGCAGUCUAUCUUGCAAUCAAUCGAAGCCUGCACAUGCCAGCAGGGUUUCGUGGAGUUCUGGAUCAAGCAGUGGCAAACUCUGUCAAUGAAGCCUUGGCGGAUCCUGACACUGGUCUGGCAGCAGUUGUGAACAAUGCCAUGGCUCCAAUUCUACAGAACAUCGAGCGCCAGCAGGCAAAGAGCCACAAUCAUCAAUCGAUUGGACGUCGGACAGGAUCCCUCCUUUCAGUGUCUGAUCCAGCGGGCAACAUGCCUGCACCUGGUCAAUUCCCAAGGAGUGUUGAUGAGCUGAGUCAUCUGCGGAACGGGGCUGCGGGGGUGCGACUUGCGAAUCAUGUUCGGCUGGCAUACCUGCUCAAUUUCUAUGGGGUCAGUGACGAGCUGUCAGGAGCAGUGUACGCCUCACCACCAGAUAUAGCUCGAGCUGCACGGGUGGCCUCGGUGUCAGGCUGA